CGUCUGUCAAUUUUUGGUUACUAAAUACAAAGUAUCUCUUUGUGUUGUAGAUCAAAUUUUAAUCAUUUGUAACAAUUUUUCAAAAUGAAAUUUUAUUUGUACCAUUUUUGAAAUUCCUACUGGUAGUUUUGAUGUAAACUAGAGGAAGCUCAUUAAUUACAGACAUGCAUUAAUUUGUUGUGAUUUUACUAUUGAACCAAAGGACAAACUAUAUUAAAAUGGACGUGGAUAACAGUCAAUCUGAAGGGCCUGGAAGUUUAGAAAUAGAACAGUCCUUAUUACAACAAUUUAGUUGUAUGGGCACUACAGAUAAAGAAGAGCUUGUGCAACAAUUACAAAAACUCUUAGGGAGCCAAAUGAACCACUCAACAGCGGCAUUUUUUUUAGAUAUGAAUAAUUGGAAUUUACAGGCCGCAGUUUGUUCUUAUUUUGAUAUCGAAUCUCCGGCAAAACUACCUUCUAUGGCGCUAGUAUCUGAUCCCGUGGCUAAUGAGAGUGAAAGUGUUGAACCAUGUGUGAGCUUCAGAAAAGUUUGGCAUGUAUUAAAUAAUGGAGCGGAAGUGUGGCCCUUAGGUUGUCAUCUAAGAUGUGCCUCUGGCGUCAGUUUAGGAGCAGAACCGGUUCAAGUACCCUGUCUUCAACCUGGUGCCGGAACAUUUCUUAAUCUUCGUAUGACUAGCCCUGCUGUACCUGGAAUGUAUCAAAGUAAAUGGAGGUUGUGUACACCUACUGGUUCUUACUUUGGAGGUUGGUAUUUUGACAACUUGCGAUUGAUAAGUCAACCAAGGGGGAAAUCACAGUAGAUUUCCAGGGUGCAC